CAUUUAUUUCCACCAAUAUUUUAAGAAAAUAUGAAUAUCGGUUAAAGAUUCAUGACGUAUUGAUUGUAUUAAAAAAAGGACUAUACAAUUUUGUUUGUCAUUCAAUUUGAAAUACGAUUUAUAAUUAUAUUAAAUAAAAUUGUAAUUGAGAUUUUGAGAAUUUAAAGUAAAAUGUCACAUCAUACUUGCGAAGGAGAUCACGAUCACGAUGAUAGCCCUGAAUUGGGGAUCAAGUAUAGUUUAUACCAAAAAAUUGACAAAGAAAAUGUCGAAUGUUUAAAUGAAGCAACUGAAGGCUCCGGUAAAAGUAUUUUAAAAGCAUGGGAAGAUAGAUUAGAUUUUAACACGUAUGUCGAAAGUGAUGUUGAUCAAGAACUGUUAUUUAACAUACCAUUUGCUGGUAAUGUGAAAUUAAAGGGAAUUGUUAUAAUCGGUGGUGAUUCUGAAUGUCAUCCAGCUAGCGUUAAAAUAUUUAAGAAUAGACCACAUAUGACAUUUGACGAUGUUAAUAUUCAAAGCGAUCAAGAAUUUGAGUUACAAAAGGAUGUUGAUGGGUCCAUUGAGUAUCCUACAAAGAUCGUAACAUUUUCAUCAGUUUAUCAUUUAACUUUAUACUUUCCAAAUAAUUUUGGUUCGGAGACAACACGCAUUUAUUACAUCGGUUUAAGAGGUGAUUUUUUCAAGCAACAUCAGCAAGGCGUUGUUAUUGCUACAUAUGAAGCACGAGCAAAUAUUUCAGAUCAUAAAAAUCCAAUUGAAGACCAAAUACAAUAUCAUAUUCAUUAAAUUUAUUGUAAUUGUUAAGUGCCAGGAUUUAAUUAAUUUAUUAAAAAAGUGAAUUUUUAAUGUUCAUUUUGUUAAGUUAUACCGUAAAUAAUUCUACUAAA